GUGUGUUUGGCGUUUGCAAGGUGGGGGAGCGCGUGGACGUUGAUAUAAAAACACGAGCAGCCUCGAUCUUGAAAUUUGUCUCAUACAUAAUGCAAAAUGGCUACAUAUGGUGCUGGUAGCGAAAACAUUGUUCCUAAUAAUAUACAAAAUCAUGACACAACCGAGUGGGUACCGUUUUCGCUAACGCUUGUCUAUUACCCCAAAGGUGACCUUUUAGGGAAAUUUUUCGCGUUCAUAAGCCUCUCACCUUUUGGAAUAGGAUCUGGAUUCGUAGCUUUGAUACUUUUUAGGAGGGAUCUACAUACAAUAACAUUCUUCCUGGGCACAAUAUGUUCAGAAAUGUUGAACUAUUGUCUAAAGCACAUGAUCCGUGAGCCACGACCCGUUUUAAGGACAGAUACAGCUGUGGAAUUUGGCAUGCCAUCUUCGCAUGCUCAGUUCGCAUGGUUUUUUGCUACCUAUAUUUUCUAUUUUGUAUUUAUUAGAUUGCACCACAUGAACAAUAAUACUAUAAUACAGAACUUGAGCAAGUUUCUGAUUAUCUUCUCAUCAACGCUGCUAGCUGUCUCACUCAGCAUAGCUCGGAUAUAUCUUGGCUACCACACGUUUUGGCAGGUGUUUUGCGGAGCUGUGAUAGGAAUCUUGUUUGCCACAGUGUGGUUUGCUCUCACAUAUCUCGUGCUAACGCCCAUGUUCCCACAAGUGGUACAAUGGAAAAUAUCCGAGAUGCUCCUCCUGCGGGACACAACAUUAAUACCGAACGUGCUCUGGUUCGAAUAUACGAACACUCGGCAAGAGGUGCGAGCGCGGAGUCGUAAGCUGGUCAGCAUGAAGUCUCAAUGACGUCUGCUCCUCGAAGACGGCUUCGACUUCAGACUCAGAUACACGGUCGUCUACUACGUUAAAGCUUUCAUAUGGUGGCCGAGAAAGAGGUAAAAUAGGUGCUGCCCAUUUAGGCGAUUAAGUGAAAUCUGCUCGUGUUGAGAAGUACGUGAGUGUCUGUGAGUUAAAGGUCGUCUAAACUAUUUUCCAUGAUAUUUCAACACUUUAUGAAGUCUGUUUGAGUGAAUAAUUUUAUAGUGUUUGCGAUCUGUUGACAUUCAGCAACGUUUCAGAAAUAUUUUUAGCAAGUGUUGAUCGAAGUUUAUUUAAUUUUUAGCUGACUAGCUGUGACUGACUUUAGCUAUGAUCAUUAGCAGCCAUAUCGAUUUUUGCAAUUUGGUUGAAUUCUGAUUAUAUUGGUAUCGCGAGUAAGUACGAAGUUUUAUGUGGUACACCACUAUUACUUGACAAUGUGAGGGUAUGUUGAAUGUCACUAGCGUGGAUCUUAUAUACCAGGAGAAGUGUCGGCAAUGCUGUUCGUGCUGACAAAUCCACCCCGAAACUUGACGCCUAGAGUACCAGUGGUGCUUUGACAGGGUUGCCAUUUUGAGGGAUUCUUAUUUGAGGAAUUUUAUUACACGUUUCGUGGUUAGAAAGCAUCGUCCGGUCUUUAAACCAAACCUACCUCUUUCCAUUGAUUAAAUGUGAUUUGGGUUUUUUAAAAGAGGCAAUUAUUAGUAAUGUUUGUGCUUUCUGUCCGAACCAUCUGAUACUGGACUAAAAUCGUGUAAUCUCACACGUAGUAUUUUAAAAACUAAUUAUAAAGGCUAGGGACAACUUCCAGAUUUUAUGAACCAUUUUUUGUUUUCAUAAAAGAAAGAAAAAUCACACUCGAAAAACGUGAUUUAUAACGGUGAAAACGAAAUUUAUUCGUAAACCCUGUAAAUUUGCAGCUAUCUAGCUUUUAGCUCCUUACGCGGGAGAUUUCACGAUUUAGUUUAGUAUCAACACAAGUUGUCACUUUGAGAUUAAAAUGCUUCCCAAUCUCAGAUACUCUGAUACUCUUCAAGUUUUGGGUUCGUUUUUUUUUCUCAUUUCAUCGGUUCUUCUGGUAUAUUGCCUCCAUGGUCACUAGGUGAUCAGUUGAUAGUUGCUUUCACAUUUUGCUGUGUUGAAGUAUCGUAGAAAAUAGUGGAUCUGACAGGUUGUUAAGUUGUACUUACCCAAAUGAAGCGUUCUGGAUACGUAUGGUACUUUCAAACAAGAAAAUUCUGAUAAUUUGUUCUAUAGUUACUUAGUUUGAAUUGGUGCUUUCUAUUUUCCACAAACAGAUCGAUUUGGUAUCAACAUUUUAUCAUAAAACAUUAUAUAAUUUGUUUUUAUACAAUAUUUUCCCAAAUCAUGGGGGAAAAACUGAAACACAUUAUUGUCACGUGAGCUCAUGUGCUUCUGGAACUUACUAGUGCCUCAUGACGUGAGCUGUCAGAGUGCCUGGUCAGUUUACAUUUUGAGGUUAGAUGUAACAUCAUGACUAGUGCGUGGUCGAGUAUUUUCUGCAGCAUAAUAAUACAGUUAUUAUCUGGAGAGUUCCAAAUAUUUGACUAGAUGCUUGGAAAGACGCUUGAAAAAAUAACAGAUAAAUCCACCGGGAGCUGCGAAAUUCUUCUAUAUUUGACGUGAUAAUAAUAUGUUUCAGAGUAUUUCAUUCCUUGGCGAUUUACGGCAUUUUUAUCCAGCAAAAAUCGGACGUGACGCUUACUAAGCAACAGAAACUGUUCAGAAUAGCUAACAAAUUUGUCUAAACUCACUGACACUUUUCAACCGGGAUCACUGACCGUACAAUUUGACAAAAACUUAUCGAAACGUGUCAAUUUGCGUAUGGUAAAAAUAGGAGAUGCGUAGCUAUUCUUAAAGCGCCUCCGACUCUAGAUAAGCGUCUUUUGACAGAAAAAUCAACGACGUUCAAGUUGACGUUUUACUUGUCUACAUUCUUCUUUGUGUGAUUUUUGAAUACACAGUGGUGUAUAUGAAUAAUGAAUGUGUUUUUAAACAACGUGAAAAGUCUGCCCUUCCUGCUUAGUAUUUGGUUUUUUAACAUCGGAAUGGAUCGUGGUCUAUUAAGGGCGCCGAAAAUUACACAUAUUUCAAGUUGAUCACAUCUAAAUAUUUCAGAACAUAUUUGGUUAUUUCAAAAAUAAAUUACUUCUAUAGAAUUUCCCAAAAUCUCCAUAUGUAUUCCAAAAAAAUUGUGUAUUCUUUCGCAUUUUUUAUAUUGUUCAACCAUCUUUUUUACAGCAAAUGAAAAUUACAAAUUCUACAAAAAAAAGUUAUGAGAAUCAACAUCAACAAAUAUGCUAAGAUUAAGUUAGAACUACAGUGGUCGCAUGAAAAAAAUUGUAUAUGCUAUUUCAUAUUAAAAUUUAAAAAUCAUUUAUUGCCACAACAUUUAGAAAACGUCACAAAAUUAAGUAGUCAUUAUCAUAACUACGAAACUAGAGGAAGUAUAGAUUUUCAUCUGCAAAAUUGUAAUAGUAGAAUAACUAGCAAAUCUGUAUUUCAAAAGGGAGUAUUUGAAAUACAGAUAAAUUGAAUAAUUUUAAAUAGUGCCGGAAUUAAAAUUUAUGAAUACUCAAAUUGCAUAGAGAUAUAAUUAAAUAAUUAAACAAACAAAAAUGAAUACAUAAUAAUGAUAAUUCAACUUUAGUUUUAUUUUCACUUAUUUUUUGUGUCUGAUAUAGAUUUGAAGCAGGGAAGUUAAGUAUUCGAAAAAAUGCUUUUAGACAGAAGUUCUUAAAAAACAACGAACACUGGGCAUUUGAAGAAUAUUCAGGUAAUAUGAAGCAGAAUGUUGAUGAAAGUUUAAAAAUAUUUGAAUGCAUAAUUUUCAUAGAGCUGUUUUCACGGCCGAAAAACCCCCUUAUGGACCUUCAUCCUUUCUAAAAAAAAACUUUCAGCAUCUUUGCUAUUGUUGAAAGGUUGUCUUCGCGAUGAGGGCAUAAUUCUCACGUAUUUGGUUUAUGUAUGAUGUAAAUAAAUUGUUGAAAAAUGAAUUCGUUUGAAUAUAAGUGGUAAAUUAAGAUAUAUUACUGAAUUUUCUUAAUUUUUUUUGUAUAAAAAUGGCGAACCUUGUAGUAACUCGCCGAGUUUUAGUGACUGAGCUAGUUAAUGUCAUUUGGAAGACUGUAUUUUCAUUCAUUUUUUAGUUGUAAAAAGCGAUAGGUGUCUUUUGAUAUUGAAUGUUUAACAUAAUCUAUGAAAUGUAAAAUCCUCGACCGUGUAUUUUUCGAGCCAUCGAUGGAUGGUAGUUUUUUAGAAUAUCGAAAUUUCGACUGGCUCAAAUCAUACAUCUUUUAAAAAAUGCAUUUACUUAAAUCAUCAUUUUUGUAAACUAUGAUACAAUCAUUAGGCGUUUUCAUCAGGAAUAAACAAUAACUGAGCACGUGGUGAGUGGAAUUUAGAAAAUUUUUGUAGAUCGUCAGAUUUUCGUAAGCAACAGAAAAUUCAUAAUGGUAACAAAUGCUUAGUUGGUUUUACUGAUGAGCACGCAUAUUUUCCUUUAACUUUUGCACUGUGUGCAUUUACGUUUUUAGAGACAUUAUGUAGUAACAAGAUAUUGUAUGUUAAGGAUAUUUUUUGAGAUAGAGACAUUAUACAGGGUGUUCGAUAAAUAGACGGAGAUAUUCGUUGUUAAAAAAUAUGAAAAAAAUUCUAUAAACAUGGGUCCGUAAAUGCAGAGUUUUCAAGAUACAGGAUGGUAAAGUAAAAAAAAUUGUAUCUUAAAAAUAUUUACUGGAUUCUGUUGAAAUUUGGCAAUAUUAUUUGUUGUAUUAACAGGCUAAUUUUUUAUUUUUGUGAUUUUUUAGCAAAAAUGAAUAAAGAAAUGUUGUCCAGUGACAUGCAAUAAAACGGUUUUUAUUUUUUUUUUCUCCAGAACGAAGUGAGAUACGAAAAAAUACAAGAUGAAGAACUUGUAUUUUUAUAUGCUUAAUCAAACAAAUAUUAAAGUUACAAGAAAGACGUGCAUUUCUUUUUUCAAUAAUAUUCUCUAAGGUGCCCCCAGGGACAUCGCUGGACCUAAUAAUUUUAAUUUAUUUAGGACUACAUUACCCUCUUAAUACAACAAAUGAUAUUGGCAAAUUUCAACAGAAUCGAGUAAAUAUUUUUUACGAUACUUUGUUUAAAUGUAUCACCCUGUAUCUUGAAAACUCUGCAUUUCCGGUCCUAUGUUUAUAGAACCUUUUUUUCAUACUUUUCAACAAGGAAUCUCCGUCUUUUUUUAGAACACCCUGUAUAGGAAAGAUUUUUUAAAAUUCGGCAAAGAGAAAUGAAUUUGUGAUACAUGUCUUUUGUUAAAAUCUAUCUCAAAAAUCCUAGGUAUUUUAAUUUAUUUAUCGUGCAAUUUAAUGUGGUUACUUGAUUCAUAAUUUAUUUUGUUGCUAAUUUAUUGUAUUUUUUUAUGUAACAUUCAUUGAUAUGAUGGAGACUAAAGCAGUUUUAUUAUAUAAAUAGCAAUAAAGGAUGCCCUUUUUGCCCUUU